UUUUCGUAAUUUUUUUGCAUGAAAAAUGACGACGGUCUGACGAGUGACGUCUGACUGGUCCGACAGACGGACCGUCGAUCCACAAAAUGUCUCGAGUUCCCGAAAUGACUUAUCGCUUUGUUGAGAAACAUCGUGUUUGUUGAACCGUUGUUGUAAUGGCACAAUUCCUCCGAGUGUGCAAGCCGGAAAUCUGUUGCUUGGCCAGAAGUUACGGGACUCAGAGGUACCAGCAGAAUCAUUAUGAAACUUUAAAUGUUUCACCCGAUGCGUCACAGAAAGACAUCAGACAAGCUUUUAUCAGGUUGUCAAAACGACUGCAUCCUGAUACUAGUGGAAAACAAGAUCAUGCUGAUUUUGUCAAGUUGAACGAGGCAUAUACGAUUCUGGGAAAGGAAAGUGCAAGGCGUCAAUAUGAUUUUGAAUUGAAAUACUGUAGAUACAAUCCAUCCUACACAUAUCAUUCACAGAACACACAAUAUGGGAGUCAAUGGGAAUAUGAAGUACGUACGGCAGGAGGACCGUGGCCACCGUCUCAGCAAAAGCCAAAUGCGUUUUUUGGCCUCCUAAUAGCCCUGGUGUUUUGUGGGUUGGGGUUGCUACAACUUAUUUUCAUGUUCUAUACCAUUAAAGUGAGAAAGAUAGUAACUUUGCGAAAUGCUCGAAUAGAGAACGAAUACCAACAAAUUCGAAACUCGGCACACACUAGAACCAAUCAGUUUGUUAUAGAAAAUAUAAAUUCCGCAGAGGAUCUGAACGAGUACCUGACGAAAGACGGUAAUGAAUGUUAGCAAAAAUUUUAUUAGAAAUUAAAAAAUAGCAGUUAUUAGAGA